AUGAGGGAAAUCCUACAAGACUGGAUCAAUAUAUUCCCCAUGAUGAUGACAACAAAUGCACCGAAUAGGGACACAACGACAUCUCCAGAGGACAUGCACACAUGUCAACCAUUAACUUCAAAUAGACAAGGCGAUAUGCCUCUACCAAAAAAAAUAAGUUCCUACCGAGAUUUUCCUAAUGUCCUUUGCAUUCAUCUUCAUUCCUUUUUUCCCCAUCAACUAUUCGAUAUUCAUCCACGAAGGCCCAUUUCAGUACUGCGGCAACAUGUCAGAGACAAUUAA